AGGCUGGUGGGGGUCAGCUGGAGUCGGGUGGUGGUUGUCUUGGCCUUGUACAGAUCUUGGUUUAGGCUGACUCCCUGUGGAUUCAGGUUGAUAACCGAAGUCGCUGAAAAGAAAAUCUCAAGCGGUCAGAGCCUAAAACUCCAUCAUGUCAGCACGGAUGAAACGAAUAUAUGACCACCAAUAUCACCACAAAGAGAGCCAAUAUGUGGUUAAAGAAUACAGCAGCUCCAAGACCACAGAAGAAAGAUAUGAGCACAAAAAACAAGCUCGCAUACAGGAAGUGGUAAAGACAAAGUUGGGGGAUAAAUAUGUGCGUGAGGAGCCUAUGAUCAGGGGGCCACAGUUCCUCGUCAGACUGAGAUCCCACACCGUGUUUGAGAACACUCCUGUUAAACUCGUCUGUACUGUUGAUGGCUUCCCCAUGCCAGUUGUGAAAUGGUAUAAAGAGGGUGUGAUCUUGGAUUUGUCCUCAGGAAGGUACCUGGUUGAGGCAAAAGGCGGUACUCACUCUCUGAUGAUCCCAAGAUGCACAACUGAAGAUACAGCCCAGUUCACUGCUGUAGCUGGUAACAUCCAUGGACAGGCUUCUACCCAAGCAUCCAUCAUUGUCAAAAGAUAUAAGGAAGACGAUGAGUCCAGUCCAUAUGCAUGGCUACCUUUUACUGCUGCUAUGAUUCCCAAGAUCCAUUACACUAAAAUCCACAUAACUUUUGUGGAGAAGUUUGGCCCGGUGUUUGCCACUGAGGGGGAAUCAGCCACUCUGUCUGCCAAGAUGACCCUGGAGCCCAACCUGGCCAACCUACAGCCUGAGGCACAGUGGUAUAGAGAUGACAUUCGUCUGUUUGACUCCAAAUGGGUGAAGAUUGAAACAGGCAGAGGAUACACAACCUUAACUCUACCAAACCUCUUCAAAGAUGAUGAAGGCCUUUACACACUUCGGAUGGUCACUAAGGGAGGCACUGCAGAACAUAGCGCCUUUGUCUCAGUCGCUGAUGGUCCUCCUCCUGUUGCAAGUGCACCUGGGGCUCCAAUGGACAUCAAAAUCCAUGAUGCCAACAGAGAUUAUGUCAUUGUGUCCUGGAAACCUCCAAAUACAACUACAGAGGGUCCAAUCAUUGGAUACUUUGUGGACAAAUGUGAGGUUGGAACUGAAAACUGGACGCAGUGCAAUGAUCACCCCAUCAAGAUCUGCAAAUACCCAGUUUCUGGUCUGUUUGAGGGGCACUCCUACUACUUCAGAGUCCGAGCUGUAAACUCCCGUGGUAUCAGCAAACCCUCCCGCAUGUCUGAUCCUAUUGCUGCCUUGGACCCAACUGAGUUUGAAAGGUUACAUGCUAAAAAGCUUGGAGGAAAACUGGAUAUUGUGUCUUACCAUGAUGAAGAGGAAGCUGAGGGAAAGCCCCCCGGUGCUCCGUCUGCAGUAAAUGCUUCAGAAAUCGACAGAACAUAUGUGGUUUUGAGCUGGAAGGCCCCAGCAUAUACCAGCAAGGCUCCCAUGUGGUACUACAUUGAAAAGGCCAUGGCUAACACCGAAACAUGGCAGCGUGUCAAUACUAAAGUGCCUAUCAGAUCUCCCCGUUAUGCUGUCUUUGACCUGGCAGAAGGCAAACAAUAUCAAUUCAGAGUAUUGUCUGCAAACAUGUAUGGAACCAGCGAGCCAUCUAAGCCAACCCCUGUUAUUGAAACUCUGGAACUUAAAGGUGUCCCAUCGGCUCCUGGUCAGGUGAUUGCAACAAGGGAAACAGAUACCUCUGUCCUUAUCCAAUGGGCUCCUCCAAAGGAACCCAACAAUCUUAUUGGCUAUUAUAUUGACCAGUGUGUACAAGGAUCCAAAGACUGGACUUCAGCCAAUCACAAACCUCAUAAGGACACCAAAUUUGUGGUUAGUGGCCUGAAAACUGGAGAAACGUACGUGUUCCGUGUUCAGGCGAUCAAUGAGCUGGGUCUCAGUGAUGAAUCCCAGGAAUCAGCACCUCUGACUGUCAGAGCUGCACUUACAACCCCGUCUGCCCCUUAUGACGUUGCUCUGCUUAAUUGUGAUGGGCGUUCCAUGGUUCUGAACUGGAAGAAGCCUCUCCAUUCUGGAGGUGCAAAGAUCAAGGAGUAUUAUGUGGAUAAAAGACGCAGUGGAACCAGCAUUUGGAGGGAGGUUCAUAUCCCACCAGUCACAGAGAGAGUUUAUAAGGUGGAGGGCUUGACUGAGGGAGCAGUCUACCAAUUCCAUGUCUAUGCAGCCAACCUGGCUGGUCUUGGACCAGCUUCCAAACAUUCAGAUGACUUCAAGUGUGAGGCCUGGACUAUGCCAGAGCCCGGUCCAGCAUAUGACCUGUCAUUCUGCGAAGUGAGAGAUAGUUCAUUGGUAGUGGAAUGGCAAAAGCCUAUCUAUACCGGUUCUGAUCCAAUCACAGGCUAUCAUGUUGAAUAUUCAAAGAAGGGAACCUCUGAUUGGAAAACAUUUAAUGAGAAAGCUGUCAGUCACCGCUUCCUUAAGGUAACAGGUCUGGAACUUGGGACUUGCUAUGUUUUUAGAGUUCGUGCAGUUAAUGCUGCAGGAGUGGGUAUGGCCUCAAUGCCUUCUGAUCCUGUGAUUGCCAAGGCUGUAGAAGGUUGCCAGGAAGUCUCCUGCACAGUGGAUGAGAAAUCGGGUGACAUUGUUCUGUCCUUUGAAUCCUGCCAAAUGAAUGAGGGCUCUCAGUUUGUCUGGAAAAAGAACUACAAAGAAAUCACUGAUUUCUCCAAAGGAGUGGUGAUAAAAACUGAAGGCAACCAAUCUAAGCUGAUCUUUAAGAACCCCGAUAAGGAAGAUGCUGGAACGUACUCUGUCUCUGUAACAGGCACAGAUGGAGUUUCAUCAAGUUACGCAAUCUCAGCCGAAGAGUUGGAAAAAAUGCUGGCGCUCAGUUACGACAUCAGACACCCAAUCAUCCCACUGAAGUCUGAGUUGGCCUAUAAGAUUUUGGAGAGAGGUAGAAUGAGAUUUUGGCUGCAGGCUGAAGAGAUUUCCUCCAAAGUCACCUACAAAUUCUUUGCAAAUAACAAGGAACUAUCAGGAGCUGAUGUAAGAGACACUCGGCUUUUUCAAAAGGAAAAGCAUGGAAAAGAUGGACUGUCUGAACUGUUUAUGUGUCUCUAUGUUGGCAGUACAUGGACCUUUUUUAAUGUAAUUCAUUUUAUGUAUGUUUUUGUGAAAACAGCUUUCAAGGCUGCUUUGGCUGAGGCGGACUUCCAGAGAAGAGAGUACAUUAGAGUGAAAGAGGGCCCCCACUUCAGUGAGUUCCUUUCACUUCAGGUCGGAGAUGAUUGCUCUGUAACUUUGGUCUGCAAGGUGGCUAAUUUGAAGAAGGAAUCGGAGUUCCACUGGUAUAAGGAUGACACAGAAAUUAUCCCCGAUGUGAAGCCUGACCUGAGCUCAGGAGUCUGCAAACUGCCAAUUAAAGAGUUUUCACUGAAAACAACAGGAGUGUACAAGGCCACCAUCAGUGAUGACAGAGGCAAAGAUAUGAGCCAAAUUGACGUCUCUGGAAAAACUUUUGAUGAGGCCAUAAACAAGUUGAGCCAAUUGGCUGGUGCCAGUGCUGCUGAACUCGUUGUUAAGUGCACUGCAACAGGCAUUCAGCUCCAGUGCCACAUGAAGUAUUACACCUCUGAGAUGAACAUCAGCUGGUAUCACAGUGAGCAUAAACUCACCCACAGUGAUAAAACUGUGAUUGGAGGAACACCAGCUAUGGCAACAAUGGAGGUAAUUGAGCCUACGGAGAAGGAUAAAGGAGCCUACUCCAUCGUGAUCACCAACUCUGAAAACUCCUAUAAGCGAGCCAUGGACCUCAGUGGUGAUGUGUAUGAGAAGGCGUAUGCUGAGUUCCAGAAGCUCAAGGCUGAGGCAUAUGCUGAAAAGAACCGUGGUAAGGUUGUGGGAGGUCUGCCUGACGUUGUCACGAUUAUGGAAAAGAAGACCCUGAGUUUGACAUGUACAGUUUGUGGAGACCCCAAACCUCAGGUGUCCUGGCUGAAGAACGGUACAGAAGUUGAACCUGAUGACCAGUAUGUGGUCUCUAUAGACCAGGGUAAGUUUGCUAGUCUGACGAUCAAAGGUGUUUCCAUGGAGGAUUCUGGAAGAUAUACGAUGAUUGUCCAGAACAAAUAUGGAGGGGAAUCCGUGGAUAUAGUGGUCAGUGUGUAUCGUGCUGGGGAGAAAAUCCCUGAAGCAAAACCGGCUCUGACCCCUAAAACGAUCAUCCCUCCUAAACUUCCCAUCGAGAUCCCUCAGCCCAAGACCCAGACUACCCCCUCUGCAACUAGUCCUGCCCCCCCUGCUGCAAGCCCUGCUGCUCCAAAAGCAGCACCAGGUAGAGGGAUGAAGAGUCCUACUCCAUCUAGGAGGAAGUAAAAAGAAGCCCUUGAAGCCCAUGAAUGAGGAGGAAGCAUAAUUAUGCACCACUGCACAUAUAAACCUAGAAGCUUUCAUUGGUCUUCUCUAUCUGAUAAGAAAUGGAGCCAAAACAUUUACCAUGAAGUAAAACAAGUCUUGUGAUUGUGACAGGGUGUAAUAGUCUCUUUGAAAAUUAAUUCUAU